GUUGUCAAAAAUGUGAUCGCAAAUGUAGAUUUUACUUUGUUUGUUUUCAUUAUUUUACGACGUAUUUGUUUAUGUUAAAAAAUGUCAUUGGUUUUGAGAAGAACGUAUUUAAAAGCUAAAAAUAAUAUCCUGUCUCCUGGUACCGGAAAUAUUUCAGUGUCUGGUCAGUUACAGACUUUUGUGGCUCGAACGUUCAAUGACGACAAAUCUGGCAAUAAUCCACAAUUUAGCAGUAGUACUAUUUUAAUUGAAAAUGGAUUUAACGUACAAGAACUUCCCGUGGCUAUCAAGAAAUUGCGAAAUUUCACAGACAUCGAAGACAAGCCAAACGAAGAACAAGCAGCAAGUGUUCAAGACACUCUGAGCUAUCAGCUGAUACAAGAAGAAUUUAAACAAUGUGUGGAUCUUCGGGAUGUGUUCUCCUUACUAUCAAAGUGUACAAAAAUUACACCAAACAUUGCAUUAGGUGCCAUCGAAAGAAUAUACGACAUUGAGAAAAAUCCAAACUCUCUUAGCUUAGAUCCUAAAAUAAUGCAAAUUAAUUUAGCAAAAGGUGCCAUUUUAGAUAAACUUCUGAAGGUUGUUAUGAGAACUGAAGACACACGCACAAUACUGGAGAUACUGAACACAGUUUCAUCAUUCAUGGAGCCUUUCAAAUACAAAUUCCAUGAUGAGCUUCUUCUUCGAGUUAUUGACAACAAGCUACCUGUUGACCAGUUGUGUGAAUUUAUACAUUUUUUAAUAAAAAAUAAAAAUGAUACAAAAUACUCUGAAACCAUUGACAAACUGUGGGUUGGAUUUGUUGCAAAAGAAAAAGAAAUAGAUGAGAACAAUAUAGUGCAGGUGUUUGGCAUCCUACAUGGUUUAAAAGUCAGCAAAAGAAUAAUAUUGACAUUAUUGGAGCAAAAAUUAUGUGAUUUGUGGUUUAAAAUUAAAGUGCCUGUCAUGCAAGACAUAUUGAGCUCUUUUGUAAUGGAAAAAUAUUUAUCAGUGCAAUCAUUUGGUGUUGUUGGCAGCUGGCUCUGUGCCAAUAUACAUGCUUUGGAUGAAGAUUCCUUGUUAGAUAUUAUUUCUAAGUUGACUAGACUGAAAUAUACUGAUGACAAAAUUGAGAAGGCUGUGGAAAAAUACAUGAAGUUGAGAGGCCAUAAGAUAGAGAGCCAUGUCCUUAUUGUAGGCCUUCUGAACUUUUGUAUGCAGUUCCAAAUUUAUAAUGAACAGAUUUUGAAUUCUUGCAGUGAAUAUUUUCUGAGUAAUUGGCAUGUUGUGCCACCUAGUUUCCUCAAAUCUUUCAUAUAUCCUUUUGGAUAUUUGCAAUAUGAUCCUGUGAAUAAUACAAAGUUUUGGAUGCUUGUAGAAAAAAUCAUGAAUGAAAAUUUUGAUAAAAUGACCAGCUGUGAUCUUAGUUCAAUAAUACUAUCGUCAAUUUACUUAGGUAAGUACCCUUCCACUUUAGUCCGCAGAAUGUUAAGUCCGGAGUAUCUGGCAAAAGUAAAAAAUGCUGAUAUGUGGAAGACGUUUUAUUUGAUAGAUACUGCAAUGACUUUAGAAUGUGAGAAGUACUUGGGUCCCCUUUUACCAAAAGACCAGUGGUCCAAACCAAUUACUCAAGACUUUAGGGUUAAAAAUAUUUUGGAAAAAAUCAUGGAUAUGCUUACAAAUGUAGCAGGAGGUCAAGAUAAAUUGUCAGUAGCUGUCUCUAUACCGUACUUACCGUCGGAUGAAACAUAUCUACUGGAUGUCAUGUUGCACUCCGCUGGGCUGGGUAGUAAAACUUUUAACUGGAAAUCAAAGACCGUUCGGAAUUCUAAUAUUGCCAUAUUAAUACAUUUGCCUGACCAUUAUUGCUCCAACAAUGAACAUCUGAUUGGUCCUCAAGUGAUGAAAAAGAGACAUCUCAAAAUUUUAGGAAUGAAAGUUGUAAGCUUGAAGUAUUCUUUGCUAAGUCAGUUUUAUACUACUUACAAUAAGAAUGGACUGAGGGAAUACCUUCUUGAAAGUAUUAAUAAUGCAGAACAAUGUGUGUAAUAUAGGCUACACUAAUUCCAUGAUAUUUUGGGUAUAGUGAGCAGAUAGUCUUAAAUUUUUGGAUUGAUUUUAUAUACAUAUAUGUUUGUAAAACAAAGAUAUGAAAAUAAUUCUUUAUGUACAUAGUGACUAAGAAACACAGUUCAAAUACAUAAAUUUUAUUUUUCUAGUCUUAAAGCUGCAAUAUUAAUUAAAAAAGGGUAAAAUUGAUUUACCUCAACAACAUUAUUGUAUCUUAAAAUAAAAAAAAUAAAAUUUUGGUGAUAUUUACUUAUAACAAAAUAAAAAAGAUUUUAAUGUUAAUGUUUUAUUUAUUAAUUAUUUUAACCAUAGUGUAGUAAGUUUCUGUAUUUUUUGAGGUGAUAUGUCAUUAUUGUAAAUUGUGAGAAAUAAUAAAGAUUUUUAAACAAUACUUUUUUCCUUUUUUUCUAUAUCCAAGUUUAUGAUUAUGACAGUAGGAUUUUUGAAAAAACCCAGUAAUACUCUGCUCGACCCGGGAAUCAAACCCGAGACCCCUUACCCGGCAGUCGCACUCGCUACCACUCGGCCAAUGAGGCAGUCUAAGUAUAAAACAAUUAUAACUCAGUAUAAAACAUGCGUAUUAUUCGCAUAGAUUUCUCGUGAAUCUUAGAUUUUGAAAUAUGUGUUUCUAGUCAGAAGUUUUCAUAACUAUGUAGCUUAAAAAUAGGAAGUUGUACAUUAUGUACUUACUGGCUACGUACAGUACCUACAUAUUAUUUUGUAAGGUAAAGGUACUAGUGACCUUGGGGUGGAGUGAACCCAUUAAUAUGUAGAAUGUCAAAGAUAACCGAUAGUUUUCCACGACAGAAUAGUACCCACAACAGGACUAUUCUUGUACUCAAGCUUGAAAAUAUUGCAUUAACUCGAAAUGUAGGUCCCAGCAAAAAUACAUAACUUUUUUAUUUAUUUACAGAGUUGAGGUACCUCUGUAAAUAAACACAUCACACUCAGGCUCGGACUCAGUAAUUUCAAUAAUAUUGUUUAUCAACGAUAGUUGUUUCGUAUGGGAAUCGAACCUACAACACGUUGCACUGCAACUAAUUGCCCAAUCACUACACCGAUCACCAAAGUUACUUCGAAUAAUCGCAUUUCUCCUCUUUGCUGGAAGCAGUGCUAUAAGAUAUCAGAUUGUAUGAGGAAAGGGAAAAGAAACGACGCGACAUUUUAUUAGUUUAUUUUAUUAUACUCG